CAGCACGGACUAGUACCAGAGAGAGAGGAGCUGUCCAAACUAACAUAGGAUACCUGACACACUUCCAUAUACUGACUGUCGGGACCCUACGUAUAGGUUUCGCCCUGGAGGCCAAAAGCCUCAUGGAGGGCUCUGCAGAGGGGGAGAGCACUCCUCUCGCACCCCCUGCUGUGACUGUUGCACCCACUGAGGAGGAGCCAAGCAGCUUCAUCACUGUGGAGCUAUGUCACGAUGGAGAGGACAUUUGCCCGGCUGUUGCUGAGGGAGGGAUGGAGGACAUGAGCAAUCAAGAUCCAAACACAGAACAAAUACAAAGAAAGGACAGCAAAUUGUUCCAGAUCUUCCCUGACCCCAUUGAGUUUCUCCUGGGUCCAGAAAGCUCUCUGAAUAGCCUGGGCCAAGACCACGAGAAGGAAUGUCUACCUUCUAUUGUUGUGGAACCCACAGAGGUGAACGAGGUAGAGAGUGGAGAGUUACGCUGGCCACCGGAGAACAUGGACAUGGAGGAUGAGGAGGAAGAUCUCUUCUUGGAACAGUGCAUACCUCCAGCCAACAUUGCAGACUGGGGAGACGAGGAAGAAGAAGAUGAAGAGGAAGAAGAGACGUCAGUUAUUCUGAACCAGCAGCAAAACAUGCCACUCAUUGCCCUUCAGGGGGACACAUUUGGAGAUGACAGCCCUACACUUCCACCAGUCCUAAACUGACUUAACCUCAGCAUCACUGAUAACCCAGCCAGGAAACAUCCUUAUGCCAGACACUGAACGUCCUGUUCUGGAUGUUAAACACAACUACACACAAAGACAUUAUGUGCAACUCCGAAGCGAUGCAUGCACAUGCUUAAAUGUACAAAAAUGCACAAUUACACAAAGAGUAUCAUGCACAUAAAUGAGGGUGAAAACACUGGUAAAAAUCAGUCUACAAGGGUCGGCUGAAAGGUUCUGCCUCCGACACAGGUUAUGUCAAUAACAAGCAAGAU